ACGAGCCCAUGUGCGCUGCAGUGGGGUUACUUCAGUCGCAGCAGCGUCGCGCUCCUGGCGUUAUAUCCUCACGCUCGGCGUUAUAGCCCUCAGACUUCUCCAACGGCUUGUUGCUCGCUCGUCCUGUUCACCUUCAAAAGAUGCUACGUUUGCCUAGUGUGAUGAGACAGAUGAGGCCGGUGUGCAGGGCCCUGGCCCCGCACCUCACCAGAGCCUACGCCAAGGACGUUAAGUUUGGGGCAGAUGCCCGUGCCCUUAUGCUCCAAGGUGUGGACCUACUGGCGGAUGCAGUGGCUGUUACAAUGGGUCCAAAGGGCCGUACCGUCAUCAUUGAGCAAAGCUGGGGCAGCCCCAAAGUCACCAAAGAUGGCGUCACGGUGGCCAAGAGCAUCGACCUGAAGGACAAGUACAAGAACAUCGGCGCCAAGUUGGUACAGGAUGUGGCCAACAACACAAAUGAGGAGGCCGGAGACGGCACCACCACGGCAACUGUGCUGGCACGCGCCAUCGCCAAGGAGGGCUUCGACACCAUCAGCAAAGGCGCCAACCCCGUGGAGAUCCGCCGUGGGGUCAUGCUCGCCGUGGACACAGUCAUCACUGAGCUCAAGAAGCUGUCCAAGCCUGUUACUACACCCGAGGAGAUCGCUCAGGUGGCCACGAUUUCUGCCAACGGGGACACAGAGAUUGGUACGAUCAUUUCCGAUGCCAUGAAGAAAGUGGGACGCAAAGGAGUCAUUACUGUGAAAGAUGGCAAAACUCUGCAUGAUGAACUGGAGAUCAUCGAAGGCUUGAAGUUUGACCGUGGCUACAUCUCGCCCUAUUUCAUCAACACGGCCAAAGGUCAAAAGUGUGAGUUCCAGGAUGCCUACUUGCUACUAAGCGAGAAGAAGAUCUCCAGUGUCCAGAGCAUUGUGCCAGCCCUGGAGAUUGCCAAUCAGCACCGCAAGCCCCUGGUGAUCGUGGCUGAGGAUGUGGAUGGAGAGGCCCUCAGCACUCUGGUCCUCAACAGGCUAAAGGUUGGACUUCAGGUUGUAGCUGUGAAAGCCCCAGGCUUUGGAGACAACAGGAAAAACCAGCUGCAAGAUAUGGCCAUCGCCACCGGGGGCACUGUCUUCGGAGAUGAGGCCAUGGGCCUUGCCGUCGAGGACAUCCAGGCGCAUGACUUCGGCCGCGUAGGUGAGGUGGUCGUCACCAAGGACGACACGAUGCUCCUGAAGGGCCGCGGCGACCCGGCCACCAUCGAGAAGCGUGUGGCUGAGAUCGGCGAACAGCUGGAGCACACCACCAGUGACUAUGAGAAGGAGAAGCUAAACGAGCGCCUGGCCAAGCUCUCGGACGGCGUGGCCGUCCUGAAGGUGGGCGGGACGAGCGACGUGGAGGUGAAUGAGAAGAAGGACCGCGUGACGGACGCACUGAACGCUACACGGGCUGCCGUGGAGGAGGGCAUUGUUCCGGGAGGUGGCUGCGCUCUGCUGCGCUGCAUACCAGCCCUGGACACCAUCAAGCCUGCAAACGCUGACCAGAAAAUUGGUAUCGACAUCAUCCGCAGAGCACUACGCAUCCCUGCCAUGACCAUCGCUAAGAACGCCGGCGUGGAGGGCUCUCUGGUGGUGGAGAAGAUACUGCAGGGCAGCGCUGACGUUGGCUACGACGCCCUCAAUGGGGAGUAUGUCAGCAUGGUGGAGCGGGGCAUCAUCGACCCCACCAAGGUGGUCAGGACGGCGCUGCUGGACGCUGCCGGUGUUGCAUCCCUGUUGUCGACCGCAGAAGCCGUGGUCACGGAGCUGCCCAAGGAAGAGAAGGACGUGCCUGGCGGCAUGGGUGGCAUGGGCGGUAUGGGUGGUAUGGGUGGCAUGGGAUUCUAAACGCCCCUACCAGUCAUGCCCUAUAGACUCUGAUGUAGGGUGCUGGGGAGAGGGGUCGUGAAAUGACCCCUACCCUAGCAGCCUCCUGACCUGCUGACUCUGACUCUGCCCGUUGGUAACACGCAGCGAUAAAACGGAUGAAGCCCCUCCCCACCAGCCCUUCUAGAAACCAAGUCCAGUCCUGCCCCUCCAGACAGGCUGAAGACCGAAGCCUUGCCACCCUGAAGACAAAGCUGUACGUGACCAGGUUCCGCUUGUCUGAUUAGAUGCGCUCUCGAUGGGCUCAGUUUAGCCAGUAAUCACUUUGGAAAUCUGAACGCACUGACACUAUUUUCAAUGAAUAAUGUUGAUGCAGAAGUGAUUGUCAGUCAGUUUUGCUGAAAAAGACUCAGAAGCAACAUACUAGGGUUAAAGCCUGCCUUAGAAAGGAGAAGCAGGGAGCUGAGGAUCAGAUGUUGGCUAAUUCCCUUUUUUUAUUGUUUUUUUUUGUCCAUUCUGUAGGUUUCUUUUUAUACAUUUGUCUUGUUUAAAAUCUCUACUGUUCAGUCCUCAGUUGAGGGAAUUAAAGCAUCACCCUGAAGAAUGAAUGUGCUGUAGUUUCUUUGCUUCAGAUGUCUGGAUGUUGAGUAGUAAAAAUGUCAAACAAGAACAGCUGAGUGAAUAAAGCCAGUGAAUGCUUUGCCCAGGUUCCUAGUCACUUGUUAUGAUGCAAAUUGGAAUUAAAUGUUCAAUUGAAA